CAGCGAGCCGCCCCCCGAGCUCCACAGGAGGAGCCAAAAUGGCGCCCGAACUCCUCAGCGCCGUGGAGGGGCGGUACGGCGCUGUCUUCCGGCGGUGGCGGCUUGCAGGGCGGGGCGAAGCGAGGCUGCGUGUGGCGGCACCAUGAUGGCGCAGCGGGCGCUACCCAACCCCUACGCGGACUACGACAAGUCCCUGGGCACCGGGUACUUCGAUGCGUCUGGCCGGCUGACUCCCGAGUUCACGCAGCGUCUGAACAACAAAAUAAGGGAGCUGCUGCAGCAGAUGGAGAGGGGCCUCAAGGCUGCUGACCCGCAGGACUGCACUGCUUACACUGGCUGGGCAGGCAUUGCCUUGCUGUAUUUGCACCUGCAUGAUGUGUAUGGAGAUCCAGCCUACCUCCACGUGGCCCAUGAGCACGUGAAGAAGAGCCUGAGCUGUCUGACAAGACGAUCCAUCACUUUCUUAUGUGGAGAUGCCGGGCCUCUGGCAGUGGCUGCUGUCAUCUACCACAAACUGCAGAACCACAAGCAGUCAGAAGACUGCAUCACUCGUUUGCUCCACUUACACAAGGUUGAUCCACGAGUGCCAGAUGAGCUGCUGUAUGGGCGCAUGGGCUAUCUGUAUGCACUGCUGUUUGUGAACAAGCACUUCAGAGAGGAAAAGAUCCCUCAAAGUCACAUUCAGCAGGUCUGUGAAGCAGUUGUAGCCUCAGGAGAGAGUUUAGCCAAAAGGAGGAACUUUGCAACCAAGAGCCCGCUAAUGUAUGAGUGGUACCAGGAGUACUAUGUAGGGGCAGCCCAUGGCUUGGCUGGGAUUUAUUACUAUCUCAUGCAGCCUGGCCUCGGAGUGAGCCAAGUAAAGCUGCACAACACAAUCAAACCCAGUGUGGACUACGUCUGCCAGCUCAAAUUCCCAUCAGGCAAUUACCCUCCAUGCAUCAAUGACACCAGAGACCUACUUGUCCAUUGGUGCCACGGCGCACCAGGCGUUAUCUACAUGCUUCUCCAGGCCUACAAGGUGUUUGGGGAACAGCAGUACCUAAAUGAUGCCCUGCAGUGCGCAGAAGUGAUCUGGCAGUACGGGUUAUUGAAGAAAGGCUAUGGGCUCUGCCAUGGGACUGCUGGCAAUGCCUAUGGCUUCCUGGCACUGUACAACCUCACUCAGAACGUGAAAUACCUGUACAGGGCCUGCAAGUUUGCAGAGUGGUGUUUAAGCUAUGGUCAACAUGGGUGUCGGACUCCAGACACACCAUUCUCUCUCUUUGAAGGAAUGGCUGGAACAAUUUACUUUCUUGCUGACCUGCUGGUGCCAACCAAGGCCAAGUUCCCUGCAUUUGAACUCUGAACCUGAGCUAGGCAGUUCCUUGCCUAAAUCUUUCUGCACUUAGAAAAGCAGUUCAGAGCUGCUUUCUUCUCCUUCUGAUCUCACUGUUGUUUACCUAACUGAACGUAAAUCCGUCCUCCUAGGGCAUGCCAAAUUCUCUAAUAUUUCUAGUUGUUUUGUUGUACUGUUUCAGUUUAAACAAAUGCAGGUUUUGCUGGUGUCUCCUGAAAAUACAGGGCUGCAGUUGGGAGCAGGGAAAUAUGUACAGUAUUUUGUGUGCUAUAAAGUUUUGCUAUUAUCUGUAUCCCAUUUCCUGGGAGAAAGUUUUCUAUUGAAUGUAACUUUGCCUGUUUAAUUUAAUUUUUUUUGUGUGUGUGUGCUGACAAAUAGUUACAGGAAGUUGACCUUGGAAAACAAAAGAUGAAAUACUGGGACUAUAUGCCCUUCAAUAUAAAUUGCCCUUUUUUAAGUGUUCUCUUUCUGACCAUGCAGGGAGUAGGUAGUUUAGGAACAGGGCUGCUCCCCAAGAAGUGAAUAUGAUGGGCUGUGAAAUGUCUCUCUUUUUGUUUUAAUGUCAGAUUGCAAGUGGAACAGCUGGAACGGACAUGCCAGAGGCUUGUCCUGAAUUUACACCUGUCUACGUCAUAGGCAAAGGCUAUUAUGUAUAGCUCUUCUGUGCAUUUUUUCCAGUGACAGAAAUAAAUAAUCCACUAGCUUUUGUGCUUAGUUGCCAUCUUAUACUAAACCUGGCGAAGUCCAUUGAUUGUAUCAUGGAAAACUGCAAUUUAAAAGUAAGCUAGAAUGCAUAGUGGUGCAGUCGGUCCUGUUUAGCUUUGGAAGUUUAUUUUGCAAUCUUUAUUUAAAAAUGUGUAUGAAUAUUAUAGAUGAUUGCCAGCAGCAGCAGAGGAAAAGAAAUGUAUUUCACUGAGUUCGCUCAGUGCUUAGCCUGUUACCUGUGUAGAGGAUAUUUACAGGCUUUGUUUUAUAACCUUUCCUGAACUUGGAUAAUUUGAGUCACUUCUUACUGCUUCUUGUAGUUUGAUAUGCACUACAUCUACCCAACUGGAAAAUCUGCCCUAGGUUAAAUAGCUUUGACCUGCCAGUGCACUAGAAACUUGCAAGGGGUAAAUCUGCUUUGCAGCCCUUUGCUGAUGCUAUGCUAAUUUGCAACAGCUGGGGGCAGGGGACCUGCCCCCCCCCCACCCCCUGCCCCAUUAAACCAUUGUUGUUGGUUUUUUUUAGCACCAACUAUGAGCUAAGUACUGAGUACAGUGGAAGUUUCUGACUCCACUAUACUACUUUGUGCUGUUUGAGGGCUGUUCCUCAGCCUGCGCAAGCGUGGGUGCGGGUUUGGUUUUUCAGGGGUGAGCUGGUGAGUGGCUCAGGCCAAGAGGCAGGAGGGCAGUUUCAGAGCAGCAUAGGCAGUCUCCAAGCCAGCAGCAUGAAGCAGAAGCUGCAUGAGCUGAGCAUUCUCCAGAGGGCGUAGUGCUGUCAUGAGGACCAAAUCUGGCAUGUUCACAGCUAGCUCACCUCUCAACAGUGACAUAGGCAGACCUAGGCAGACCUGAAAGAAGCUGUUCCAGUGAAGAGUAGAAAGCAUUCCUGAAGGCUGCCUCUCUCCCCAAAGAGCAGCCCCAGAGCCAGUUCAUCGGAAGGCAGCCUGAUGCACAGAAUUGCUCAUCUGCCUUAGGCUUGGCAUUCCUGGCAGGAGCCUGAAGCUCAUCCAGGCUAAGAGGUGUUCAUCCCAGUUGUUUCUGGGACUCAUGCAGUAAGGGGAAAGGUGACUGGAAAGGAAAAGCACAGCCUCAGGAGCAGGAGUUGGCUAAUCAAACAGCACAAGAGGGGGAUCCUGCAGUACCUGAGGCCUACUGUUAAGUCACCUCCCAGCUCAUCUGGUGUGAUGCCAGAGUGGGGGCGCUGGUCUAAGCUUGGAUUUCUCCUGGCAUUGCUUUGCAGAGUAGGUGGUUUGUGCAGCCUAACGGGGCAGCAUUGUGUCCCAGGGUUCAUAUACAGAUCAGGAAAUCACCAGGGGUGGUGUAGAACUGGCAGGUGGAGCACUGUUCAAUAAAACAUGAAAAUAAACAA